AACAACAAAAAAGCAAUUACUAAAACGUCAAAAAAAAGAUUGCAAAGAACAUACAAAACACACAAAUUUCCAAUAAAAUUGCUAGAAAACUAUAAUAAAUUUCUAAAUUUAACAGAACAGUUCAUUAAAAUCGUAUUGAAAAUAUUCCGAGUAUAUUUAAAAACGACUAAGUAAUCAGCUAUAUUACAAAAAUAAAAGAAAAUUCCAGACAACACAACAACAAAGGGGCAGAAUCCAAUAAGCAGCUGGUUUCUGUACAUUCAUUAAGAAUUAUAAAAAAAGUUCAAGCAGAAACUACAAAAGUUUAACGCAAUAAAUAUAGCGUAUCGUUUAAAAUGUCGGUAACAGAUUUCAUUAAGGGUUUACCCUGCCAUAAUGCAGACAAUUUCUCACAAUUCAAUACGGAACAAGCCAUGCGAACAUCACAAAAAAGACCAUCCGUUUACCUACCCACUGAAGACUAUCCCUCGGAACAACAUAUAGUAUUGGAUAAACGUUCGGUACUGCUGCGCUAUUUGACACAACAGUGGGAUAAGAAGAUAUUACCCAAGAAACGUGAUCAUGGCACUGAAGGUUCCAGUUCGGCUAAUGGUGCUGGCAACAGUUGUAAAAAGCGCCCACGUUUGGAGGCCGAAUAGAUGAUAACAAAUUCUUAGUUUUUCUUUUUAAAAAAAGAGCUUAAAGUCUAACAAAUUGAAGUGGCAAUAGUCUUUAAAACUCCUUCCAAUAGCUCCUCCUAACUAACAUACAACUCAAUUUUGUAAACCAUCUUGUGUUAAUUUUUUUUUUCUGUGAAACAAUCUAUUUUGUUUACGAUUUUCUUUUUUUUAUUCCACCUGAAUUAUUAUUAAUUUAAUACGUACAACAGGAUUUAAAUAAGAUUUCGAAUUACUUUAAUAUUUAUAAUUUUUUUUAAAUAAAAUAAAAAAACUAAAAA